AGUUAAAACAAACGCAGUUUUUACUUAUUUGCACAUUUUCUUUUGUCUCGAGUAAUAAUAGAAAUUUCAAUGAACCAAUUCUUAAUUUUUAAUCUAUUUGAUAUAUUUUGGUAAAUGCCAAAUAGUAACUUUUAAGUAUUUAAAUACUUAAUUUUUUUUGUAAUAACCAAUUUUUUAUUUUGACGUGUAUAGAUUUUAAAUCUGUACAAAAAAAUUACAAAUGGAAAAUGGUAAGACAAAAAAUGAAAUUCCAGUUAAUUGGAGAGGAACUGAAAAGAGUUUGUUGCCGCGAAGCUUUGGAAUGAAACUGUACCCAUUACUUAUACCUACCCCUCAUCACACAAUAUUGUUUAAGAUUCCGAAGGGAGCAGACAAUAUUUUAGAAUCGUAUCCAGAGAAUUUUCAUGACAUCUGGGAUGAUAAACAUGUUAAAAUGCCAUGUUCAAAGUUUAAUUUACUUUUUGAAAAAGAAAAUAAUCUUAAGAAAAAUAGAUGGGACAUUAUUGUAGACAGUUUAUCGAAACCUAUACUGACAAGUGAACAGUUUGAGGAUGCUUUAAAGUCUUACAAUCUUAAAUACAAAGGAAUAUGGCGAUUUCAUUUAUUGCACUCUUUUUUCGAGAAUGUUUUAACUGAGGAAGAAACAGAUGGAUUUUUCGAAAAGUUACUACCUAAAAUUAUUAAUUUGGCUCUAAAGUUGCCAAUACUCAUAACAAGUCCCAUACCGCUAUUAAAACAAAAUAAUAAUCAUUCCAUUUCAAUUAGUCAAAUACAAAUUGCUUGUUUAUUAGCCAAUGCUUUUUUGUGUACAUUUCCACAUAGAAAUAAUAUUGGCGACCAUUCUGAGUAUAACACAUAUCCACAUAUUAAUUUUAAUGGAUUGUUUCAGAUGAGAGUAAAAAAUUCUAAUGAUAAAUAUUUGUAUGAAAAAUUAAAAUGUAUAAUCAACUAUUUUAAGAAAGUUACCAAUCCAAAUUUUGUUUGCAAAAGAGCCGUUACUUAUUCAAGAAGAUAUUUAACUGAAAAUGAAUUGCCAACCUGGUUGAAAUCAACUAAUCCGUUAACAAGUCUACAUAUAGCAUCUGAUGGGACUAUAGAAGACAAUGGAGAUGGAAUGUAUCAAAUUGAUUUUGCCAAUAAAUUUAUUGGUGGUGGAGUUCUCGGUUGGGGCUGUGUACAAGAAGAAAUUCGUUUUCUGAUAUGUCCCGAAUUACUAGUGUCUCAACUUUUUUCACAAAAAAUGUUACCUACGGAGUCUAUUAUUAUUACUGGCGCUGAGCGUUUUAAUGACUACAGUGGUUACUCAAAUUCAUUUAAAUGGGAUGGAAAUUACACCGACAACACUCCAAUUGAUGACAACUAUCGACGAUAUUGCACUGUAGUAGCUAUAGAUGCUAUUUAUUUUCAAAAUCCCCAAAUGCAAUUUGCUCCUAAAAAUCUAAGACGAGAACUCAAUAAGGCAUACUCUGGGUUUUCUUGGGGUAACAAAUCUGACUGUUCUGAUGUGUCAAUAGCCACUGGAAACUGGGGUUGUGGAGCGUUUCGCGGGGAUUGUCAUCUUAAAUCAUUGUUACAAUUGUUAAGCGCUGCUGAAGCAAAACGAGAUGUCGUAUAUUUUACUUUUGGCGAAACAAAAUUGAGAGAUUCCAUUAACGACAUGCAUUCAUUUUUAAGAAAUAACAAAGUCACUGUAGGUGAAAUUUGCCGAAUUUUAAUAAAAUAUAACGAGUAUAUGCAGAGUCAUUCUAACUCUAAUCUAUUCGAAUUCAUCUACAGUACUGUAACCAACAGCGUUAUUCAGAAGCCCUUAAAUAAACAAAUGUCACCUGCAGUUAUUGAUGACUGUAAUCAACUUACCACUUUAAAUAUUGAUGAAUCAAAUACAAGAACUUGUAGAAGUCCAACGAUGAUUGAAGCCACACCUGAAAAGAUCUGUGAUGAAGAUAUUGCCAAUGUAAGUACAAGUGACAAUUUAAAUAUAAAAUUAGAUGUUGUGAAUACAAUGGAAACAGAUGUAAAGUUCUUACCAGUAAAUCAGUUCAAAUUGAAAAAUGACAAGGAUCGUAACUUAUGUAUUCAGCAACAAAAGAACAGCUGGAUUCAACUGAAUGAUUCGAAAAAGGCUUUCCAGUCUGUACUUGAAAAACCUAAUCAGUCGUUAAGUACACUAAAAAGAGAAAGAAAUGAAGAAAAUGGAAAAAAAAGAGCGAAGCGUAAAAUAUACGAAUACUUUCAAAAAGCAUCAUAGUUCCUAUUAUUAUUUUCCAUCUUAUACGGUUACAACUAUUUAGAUAGUAUUGUAAAUAAUAAUUUUGUAUCAAAUAAAUGUAUUUUAAAUACUAUUA